AUGGCCCAAAACGUCGCGGUUUCUGCACGUCGUGAUUGCUCGUUUGCAAGUGACAUGACCAUGGCCACGGUAGUUGCAACGGCCACAAACAGGAACCCCAUCCUGGGUUCGACUGUCGAAGACCUUCAGGCGGGGCUUGUCCGUUCGUGGCAGGAACGCGCAUCCACGGAGGCCAACACAGGCGUGUUCCUGCCCUUCUAA